AUGGCCACCUGGAAAGGUUCAACCACGUCGCCGUGGUACACUAUACCCGCUCGAGAAAUCGUCAGUGUGGAACAUCCAUGCGUGGUGAAAAACGUUGAUCAGGCCAUUGGAACUCUUCAACGCGGCCCUGGGAUAGCAGAGAUCCUGGACCCAACACGACCCCAUGCUGCUGCGACCUUAUCCCUGAAUCCAGACGAUGGCAUGAGCAGACCGCUAUUUUCAACAUCUAAACCCGCCAAUAAUAUGCUGCUCAGGGUCUCAGUUCCAAAAAGAACUGGGCGCAAACGGAAACGUGGAUCUCAGGAUCCAUAUGUUGACGAUGCUCGUUCUACCUCGACCAUUUCGUCGUCGGAUUCAGGGAGCUUAGAUGCUAAGCAAUUACUACGUCGUCUGAGGGAUAACGCCGGCCGUUAUGAUGUUGAGGUCGUUGGACGAAUUGACAGGAUGCAUGUUUUCAGGGACCCAGGUGUCCCGGAUUUCGUAUAUUCUACCACAGCAAGCCCGUUUAUGACCAAAUUUCGUGAGAAUAUCAUGCCAUUUGAAUAUGAGAAACUGAAGGAAUUCGACCUUGACAUGAGCAAAGGCGCUACAUCAAACGUUGAUAUAGUUCCGCCACCAUCCUUCAGCCUGGUUGAGAUGCCGUUCAAGUAUACUUACCGCCAAAACCCUUCUGUAAAACAAGCAUUAAAUCCCUCUGGGGAAACAAUGACUAUUAAUACCCAACAAAUAACCAAAGUUUUUACUCAUCUUGUGCCAUGCGAUGUACCCUCUGUUCCUACAGAACCGAACGACAAACUGCCGCCUAUCGACACAUUGGACGCGGCGCUGAAGAAGACAAUUGGUAUCCUCCAAAAGCUCUUCGACGACAGGCCAGCCUGGACUCGUCGCGGUCUACGCAACCAUCUCACCACCAACGACCAAAAGUACACCCUCCGCACGGCCGUUCCCUACGUAGGGUAUAUAUUUCGCUCCGGGCCAUGGCGGGAUGCCAUCCUCAAAUUCGGCUAUGACCCCCGUACUACGCCAGACUCACGAAUCUACCAAACACUAAUGUUUCGCAUCCCUCCCAGCACAGAAGAAACCGAAAUUGACCCAUCCCUCACAAGCAACAUGGCAUCGACCAGCACAACCACCCCACUCUCUGGCCGACGCUACACAGCUCCUCGCCCUUCCCAGGUCCUAGGCGAUGCAAACGUCGGAAAUACAUCGCACGUAUUCACCGGUCACCCGCCGCUUGCGCGCGACGGCAAAACGUGGAUGAUAUGCGACAUCCACGAUGCCACCGUCACCCAGCAACUGUCGCCUCUCAAUCCCGACGCUCCACCCCCUCGGCCGGUCUGCGACAUCUAUUCCGCAGGUUGGUACGGGAACGUGCUGUUAGCCACGGCGCGCGCCAUCAUGCGUGCCAAGAUCCAGCAUAUGCUCGAACAUAAGGCCGCUUAUCCGGACGACACCGAGUUCCUGGCCUUGUUCAAUUUUCCUACGCAUGUAGAGACCGAAGAUGACAUCUCGAGGGUGGCCGUCGAUUCGAGUGAGGUGGGAGGUAAGUGUGUACAGUUGGCGAGUGAAAUUCGUGGGACGCUAAGAAGUGCUCCCGGGCGAAGAAAUGCGAAUCGUGGUGAAGGGACCAGGGAUACAGAGGUAGGUAAAAGCGGCCGGAAGAGGGUGAGAUGGGAGGACGAGGAAGAGGAGGAAGAAGGUGAAGAGGGAGAGGAAGCAGAAGAAGUCAGGCAGCUCGAGGAAGAAGAGCGAGAAGACGAGGGCGAGGAGGACGAUGAAUCCGAGGCAAUAGGAGAAUAA